UUUGAUCACUGUUUUUUUUUGCAUUUCUCUGUUCAAACUUGAUGGUAACCUGUAUUAUGUACUCGACCCUUUCAAGUGGGUUACUUAAUUUUUUAAAAACCCACAUUUGGCUGCACAAUAAUUCAGCAGAAGACACAAUGGUGGUGGGUUAACACCGAGUUUUUAUUUUCAGUUGAAUGCAACAACUGCAUUGUAAGACGUGUUUCAUAUAGUUAAAGCAUUUUUCUGGGGGAGAGCAGAGGAAGAACUGAAAACAAAUGGGUUCCUGGGUUUAUAAAGGCAGGUACAGAAUUAAUGCCAGAAAAGUAAAAACUAUGUUUUCCACAUGAAUAAAAUGAUCAAAAUAAGCAUGAGUACUUAAUGAGAAGCAAAAAGAAAAAUAUGUGGUAUGUAUCUAUGUAUGGAGUAGUAUCUUGUUUUAGUCUGCCUGUUUCCUUUACAGGUGUCUUGUCUAUUAAACAGGCAAUAUGCUGUUCCCCCUCUACUCAUUCAUUGGUAUGAUACUUCUCCAGGUAAUGGAUUCUCAAAGUAUACUUAUUCACAAUCAAGAAUGUGGAUCAACUUACCGACUUCCAGACAAUGAUGAUAUCAAAGUGGUCUGUGGAACCCAAGAUGUGCAACUAUCGAUCUAUUUGUGCCCAAUUUAUUUUGCGGGUUACAACGAGAGUCAUGUGGCGUUAAACAAACAAUACCAGGACUCUAAAUGCCACGGGAAGGUGGAUGAUUCCGUUUCUCCUCCCGUUCUCAAGUUUUCAUUUCCCAUCAGUAAUGUCAACUCCACAUCCUGUGGAAACAAAAUUAUGAUCACCAGUGCCCAAGGAACGGGUGCUUUUAAAGACUUUUCAAACAUCCAAUUUGUCAAUAUCAGUGGUUUGAUAGAAACCAACGACCCAGUAACAAACAUCAUAACCUACAACCAGGAAUUGGUGUAUCUGUAUUCCUGCUCCUACCCUUUGGAGUACUUCCUCAAUGAUACUAAACUGGAUGUUGCAGGAGUCAGCAUAGCGAUCAAGGAUAACAAUGGGACCUUCAGGAGCACUCUCACACUUCAGCUUUACAGUGACUCAGGUUACAAAAAUUCUAUGAUCAUCCCAAACACAGGACUCAUCUUGAAAACUAAGAUUUAUGUAGAAGUAAAAGCUGUCAACUUAACUGAAAGGUUCAAUGUCCUUCUUGAUCGUUGCUAUGCCUCAACUUCACCAUUUCAUUUAAAUUCUUCCCAAACAUAUGAUCUCUUCGUUGGAUGCAAUAAAGAACCACAGACCAACAUUGUGUCUAACGGAAAGAACCAGUUUGCAAGGUUCUAUUUUGAAGCAUUCCGCUUCACUGAGCAUCGAGACCUGGCUGUCUCCACCUUCUAUCUGCACUGCAUCACACGUCUCUGUGCUCAAGCUGCUUGCAGUGAAUUUAAUAAAUGUGCCAGGUCAAAAAGAGAAGCACCGGCCACACUCACUACUCCGACGCCAGAUGCAGUAUCCAACUCCGCGACAAUUAGUUCCUCACGUGUCCUGACCAAGAAUGAUAAUGUGGUGAACACAAAUGAUGAUUCAGCAUCAGCUUUAGCUGUUCAACAGGCCAUGAGUGUGUACACUGGUCUGGGAGUUGGAUUGGGAAUCUUGGCUGUAACUUGCAUUGUCAUGAUUGCAACAGGUAUACUACUGUAUCGAAGAUUCAAGAAAAACAGCACCUUAAAAUAAGCUGGGAAGCAUGUAAAAAAAUAUAAAAAU